AAUAUUAUUAUUCUUGUAGGAGAUAAAGGAGUGUUUCUUAGUGCUUUUGUUCGAGACAAAAUUAUAGAUAAAUUUUCUGAAUGCAAAAUACGACAUGAUUUAAUACCAAUAUUACAAUCAAUAGUAAAAACUAACCCAAUUGAAAAAUUCAUUGAUGAAUAUUUUGCCAAAGAUGAUAUUGUAGCUCACUAUGUAUAUAAUAUUACUAGAGAUACUAGUGAAGUUUGGAAUACUUUAUUUGUAUCAACACCAUAUAAACCCCCUUUAAGUACACUAUUAGAAUAUACAUUUGAGUAUCCACACGACAAAUCAAACUCAUAUAUUCAAGGUAUAAUCGAACAAGAAUUUAAACCUACAAAUUCAAGACUGCACUUAGAUGAAAUUAAUUGGCAAAGGCUAAACUUAGAUAAUUUUAAUAACUUGUCUAUUGAAACUGCAAAAAAACUUUUACAAGAACAUAUUGCACAAUUGCAUAGUAUAUUUAACACUAUGGAUAUUAAUUUUAUAAUAUUUGAAGAUCAAAUAAUUGAUUUACCAGAUAAAAUAAUAAUACCAAUAUCUAUAAUCCUUACAGAUCAAAAAGGUCAAAAUGCUCAAGAGUCUUUAACUGAAGAAACUUUAAAAUUAUACUCUAUAAUUAAUUCCAAAAAUAAGAUAUUGAAAACCUAUAAAGAAUAUACAAAACUAUUGAAUAUUCCUCCUAUACAAAAUUGUUUAAAACGCAUAAAAAUAAUAAAUUCAAUUAGUACAAUCUCUAAUAAGUACAAUUUAGCAGAACCUAUUGAUACAACAAUGACACAAUCAUUCCUAAAUACGAAUAAAAAGAAGGAUACGAUUGAAAUUAAGAAUUAUGAUGUUAACUUGAAAUUUGCAGCUCCAAAUUUUCCAACUCUUUUAGCAAUAAUAAAAGAUGCUUAUUCUUAUAUGCCUAAAAAUAGCGUCGUAAUAUCUAUACAAAUACAACAACAAACUUUAUUAGAACCUAAAAUUAUUUAUAAACUUUCAACAGAAAGAUAUCCAGAUCUGAUUUAUACAAAACUUAACAUGCGUAUUAGGGAAAUAACAAUUACAUUAGCAAACAUAAUUGCUAUUGAUUAUGUUACUAGACUUAACUCUAAGCCUGUACUUAAAGAUUAUAUUACUGAAUCUAUUCGGAAAUUAAAGAUUUUUCUUGGUCAAAGAGUUAUAACAGAUGAUAGCUUUUCAAUAGUCCUAAUGUUGUUUGCAAUUGCCAUUUCACCUGAAGAUGUAGAAUAUAAAGAUAAGGAUAAUAUCUUAAACAAAGAACAGCUACAAGAUAAAAAUCUUAAUCAUAAAACUAAUUUAUUUAAACAAGCUUCCAGCAAAAUUUUAACUGCAUUUUGUGCUUUAGCAGUAGGAGCGAUCAGUGUUAUAACAGCUGGUGCUAUUUUUUCCGUUAUUAUAGUACCAGCUUCUAUUUUAACAAUAAAAUAUGCCCCUAAAUUAGGAGAACAAAUUGGUAAAAUUAUUUUAAAUUAUGACCAUGAUAUUACCUCAGAAAUAGAAAGGACUAAUAUCAUACAAAAUAGUUUGCUAGAAAAGAACGACAAAUUCUUAAUACAACAACAACUAAUAGAACAAAAAACACUUCAAAAAAUAGAAGCAGAUAAUAAAGCAACAAUAAUAGCAAAUAUGAAGAUUAAAAAACUAGAUACAACACAGAGUCAAAUAAAA